UGCCGGGGUGGUUGUGAUACUGCCUAUUCGAUAUGCAUGAACAAAACCGCGUGAUUUCUGUCUGGUACGUGGUGCGGCGAGGUUUUUGAGCGUUAACUAAUCAAAGGUCAUUUCUCCAGGCGACCUAGCAAUGGGUUUCCGAUAUAUUGUGCGUCAGGCGAAGCCUGAAGACUGCGGAAGCAUCUUGAAAUUGAUCUAUGAGUGGGCGGAGUUGGGAAAAGAUCCUGACCGAGUAGUCCAAAACACCGAAGAAGACUUGCGGGAUAACGGCUUUGGGGACCAUCCCAUCUUCCAGUCAAUUGUGGCCGAAGCAAUUGAUGAUGGAGAUUCAACAGACGAAGCGCAAAGGGGGACAAUGGUGGGAUAUGCCAUAUACAUAUGUACGUACAGCGCCUGGACUGGAGGGGUGAUAUACCUGGAUGAUCUUUUUAUCCAGCCAGCACACAGAGGAAAAGGUGUAGGAAAGGCAAUGGUCUGCAAGGUGGCAAAGAUUGGAGCACAAAAAGGCUGCCAGGGCAUGCAGAUGUUUAUGCAGGGAUCCAACAAAGCCGCCCGUCAAUUCUUCGAUGGGUUCAACGCUGUUGACAUCAGUGAAAAGGACGGCUGGAGUGUCAUGUGUGUACAAGGGGAUCACCUCUCGCAGCUUGGCAACUAUUUGACAGAGCCAGAAGUAAAAAACGACAUCCAAUUCCUUUGUUAAUGUGGCUGCAUUCAUCAUGCUGGAGGAAUUUCAAUUAUAGAAUACAUGUUUAUCAAUAAUGCUUGGACUGAUAUUUUUCAUUACUGAGUCAUAAUCGACUGUCACAAGUUAGUCAAAGGGUAUACAAUUAUGUUCGUUGGUCUUGCGUUCUACAGCUAUCUCCCAAUAUAUAUCGGCUAAUUAAACUCACCUGGAUUUAAUUUAUGGAUUAACAUUAAGAUUACUAUUUAAUAAUUAAAUAUAACUUAUCUAAAUUUAACAUUUUGUACUUCCAAAAAAAGUCAAAAAGUUGCAGUUUGUCUUCUCGUUUGUAGUUAAUAUCAUCAGUGUAUGUGUAUAGAUAUCCCCUUUUUAUUUGGAUUAGAAAGGCCGAUCAUUGUGCAGUCAAAUCAAGAACCGGUAACGUUUUGUCAGCACAGUGAAUUUUAACAAGCCUUAGUCGUUACUCUCUUGAUCCCGAAGGAGUUUGAUCAUUUCACCUUCACGUAAAAGAGGAAUAAAAGAAUGAAAGAGGAAUAAGAAAAACUCUGUUAAUAAUGUAACAAGGGUUCUUCUAACAUUAAUUUACGGAUAUGGGAUUUGACUGUAGUCCAGUCGAAAUAAUGACUUAUUCGUGGAAGGAUUCUUGAAUAAUUUAGGGACAAUUUCCUGCAAAUUCAUUUUAAUGUACUUGUUCCUACCAGUGUGGUGUCCUUUCCGAAUAGAGUGCAACCAAUGUGGGUGCAGAGGAAAAAUCUCCAAGAGAAAACCGUGACGAACUUGAAGCUAUUCACUCGGGACAUUCUGACGUGGGUAAAACUGAACACAAUUUUAGUGAUCUUGGGUUUUGAAGAAUCGGUGAUUGAAAUUUAUGGAACUGAAGAAGGAAAAGACUUGAAGAAAAAUACUAUGGGCUGUCAACAGAUAUAAGGAUUUUCUUCAAGUAACCUUCAUCUCGGAAGAUCUUGAUUCUAAGGGAUUGGGGAAGACCAGGGAAAAACGUUAAAGAGGCAUUGAGGCAAACAAAGCCUGUAACAGAGUGAUGUCCAAAAAUGAGGCUAAGGCCUAAUUAGAAAAGCUUUUCUACCAAGAUGAAUAUAGGGAUACCAAGCAAGAAACUCUUGAAACUCUCGUAAAAACGCAGGCGUAAGGUUCGAAUCUAAUGAGUUUAGCAGACCCGAAGUUAAAUGAUGAGAGGACAUUCAAUUUUUCAUAACUUUAAAAUCGUUUGAAAAUCUAUUGUGAGAGAUAAAAUUUUGAAUUCCCGGUCGAAUAUGAUAAAAUAAACAUUGGCUUUCACCUAGCCGUUAGGGUUUUUCUUAUAGUUAAUGCAGUAAACAGGCUUAUGAUGAAGAGAAAACUAA